AUGAAAGAAGAACCAAUGCAGGCCGAGGUCUCGAAGCCCGAAAAUAUGCCUGUUGAAAGUACCCAACUGCCAAGCUCAGAGCAGCCUUUCGAGAAUGACAUCAACGGCUACCUUUCUGGAAAGACAUUAUACUCUUUGGCAUUAAGCCUCUCCAUAUGCAUGCUUCUUGUUAACAUCGAACUCACGGUAGUGAGCACAGCACUGACCUCGAUCACGAACGACUUGCAUGGGUUUGAUAAAACUGGUUGGAUUGUCACUGGAUAUCUAGUGACUUACUCAAGUACAUUGAUAAUAUGGACAAAAGUCAGCGAUAUAUUCGGACGAAAAUCCUCUAUCAUAACAGCAGUGUUGCUUUUUACCGCAUUUUCUGGGGCAUGCGGUGCUGCACAGACCAUUACACAAAUUAUCAUAUGUCGUGUGUUCCAAGGCAUUGGCGCGGCUGGAAGUAUGGCAUUAGUCUUCGCAAUAUCCUUUGAAAUGAUACCAAAGCACAAGUUCCCAACAUACACAGCUUUGUUCUCUGUGGUAACUACGAUGGGGAAUCUAGUUGGUCCACUUAUUGGUGGUGGCUUUAGUGAGAAAUCGAUGUGGAGAUGGGCCUUUCUAUUUAAUGUCCCGGCUGGUGCAUUAGCCCUCGCGUUAUUAUUUAUCUGCGUACCAGGAGGUUUCCCUCAUCAAAAUGAUCCAGCAUACGUCUCUCGUUCUUUGAAAGAAAAAUUCAGCAAAAGUUCUAUUUCAAAAAUCGAUGGAACAGGUGCAUUCCUUUUCUUAGGAGCUUCCCUUUUGCUCGUGACUGUUCUUCUGGGUGCAGGAAAUCAAUUUGCCUGGCAUUCCGCAACCAGCAUCUCACUAUUUGUCAUUUCUGGUGUUUUAUGGAUUCUCUUCGUGUGGAAUGAACGUCUAGUUACAGAUGAAAAGAAACGCACCGAGCCAAUUUUUCCUUGGCGUUUUGUCGUCAAUCGGAAAUGGAUGGGUGCUUUAAUGCUGUCGCUACUUUCGGGUAUACCAUUCAAUGCCGUCACGAUCAAUAUUCCACAACGCUUCCAAGUUGUCGAUGGAAUGUCUCCGGUAGCAGCUGGUGUGCAUCUUAUACCGUUUAAUGCACUCAUUGCAUUUGGGACUGUAAUCGCAAAUGUUAUUGUGGGCAAAGCACAUAUCCCACUGAUUUACCUGAUGUUCAUCGGUUCCAUCCUUCAAAUUGUUGGGAUUUCACUUAUGUCUACUAUUCCGAAUGGUUUGAAUGUCAAUUCGGCUAUUUAUGGGUACGAAGCUAUUGCUGGUCUUGGAAUUGGUAUUGUUUAUGGAAUGGUUAUUGUUAUACCUCCGCAUAUUGUCGAGAGACGAGAUCUAGCCAUCUCGAGUGGUGCACUUCUCCAAUUUCGAGCUUUUGGCGGAGCCAUCGGUCUAGCCAUCACUUCAGCAGCAAUGAAUAACUAUCUAUCAUCUCGGCUCCAACACAUAAUAGACCCAGCACAGAUAGCCGAGAUUUUUCGAUCAAGCUCCUCCAUCGCAUCUUUCUCACCCGAGACUCAAGGAAAUAUCCUAGAAGCAUUUGCGGAAAGUUAUUCGUUACAAAUGAAAAUCAUGGCUGCGUUUUCUGGGCUGCAACUUCUGUUGGUAAGUUUGGUUUGGGCGAAGCCCCAGAUCAGGGUGUAA